AUGACGGACGCCGUCGUUUCCCGUCUGUCCUCUGUUCCCUGGGCCGCUGCCUUGAUCAAUGACCCCAACUGGACUCCAGUCAAUACUGCCUCAAGGUCACCAAAGGCUUCCGGGGAAGACUCCUUCUUCGCAGAAACGCUAAGCACAGAUCGCACGAUACGAGCCCUCCUAACACUGCGACCGAUCCACGAAGAAGAUGGCGACAUAGCGUACAAGGAGGUUAAAACUAUCGUGGAUCUAGGGGACGGACUCAAUGGCUACCCGCAGAUCAUACACGGUGGCUGUGCUGCAACAUUACUCGACGAGAUGUGCGGCAUCUUGAUCAUGCUGAAUAUGGAGAGAAAAGUGCAAAAGAUAACAGAGGACGGUCGCCGCGCAGCUGCCUUGAAUUACUUCACUGCCUAUCUGAACACCACCUACAAGAAGCCAGUGCCGACUCCCGGGGCACUUCUCCUCACGGCCAAGAUCGAGCGACAAGACGCGGGCGAUCGGAAACUAUAUAUUCGUGCGACUAUCGAAGACGGCGGCGGUACAAUAUACACAGUUGGCGAGGCCUUGUUCAUCAGGGUUUCAACGAAGCUAUGA